AUGUUGUUCAAAUUACCAACAGAAUCUUUAUUGGAUUUUUUAAAAUUUCUCGAUUAUUCUAAUUUAUCAGUUUUACAACAAGUAAAUAGCCAGUUUUUCUCUUUCAUUCAACAAUACAGAGACGAAUUGGCACUCAAGGAAUUUUCACAUUUAGAAAUUAUUUCUGAAAAUGAUGUCCGCCUUUCUAAUUAUCGAAGAGCUGUGGAUGUUGUUAAUGAAGUGGAGGAUAGAUAUGGAAGUGAAGUUUAUAAUGUAGAAUUAAAUGAAGAGCAGAGAGAAAAGUUGAUUUGGGCUGCUGAAACACAAAUGCCUCUAUAUUUAUCAGAAGUAUUGCCUGAUAUGUCUCAAGCAAAUGAGGUUGACAGUUUUUUAAUUUUUAUCUCAAGAAAGGAUGUUGACAAUGUUCAACAGCCCCAACUUUGUUUGGAAUUGCCUUAUUACCCAGAAACUCUCUCAGAUUUUCUUUACACUCGCUUUUGGCUCUUUCAAUUAUCUCAAUGCUAUUUUGAUUCAAUAAACUUUUCUUGUGCUGUUUUUAAUCCAGCAAUUGUCCAGCUACUUUUUUGUUAUUUUACUGAAGGAGCGGAUCUUUUAGGGCCAGGUUUACUUUUUUUGAUUUUUACGAAUUUUAAUUCUGAGUUUCUUCAUAAUCAGAAACUGAAAUUUUGUUUCAGUUUCUGAUAUUUCGAACCAUUGUCCUCUGAUGGGCCUCUGGAUUUUUUUUCCUUUUUGGCGACUAAAUCAAUUUUGUUUUCUUAGUAAAUAUGGGCACGACUCAAUAGGGUCAUUUGUUUGUGCUGGGGUUGGGGAUGACAAUUCCUGGGAAAUUUUUGAAUAUUCGAAAUUAGAAGCUAUUUUAGGACCAAAAAUUUUCGGAUCUCCACUAUUUUUCAGUUUCGGACAUUCUGACCCGUUGUCCUUGGAUGGG